AGAUAGAAUAUUGUUUCACUAGGAGGGGAACUCAAAAGAGAAUUCGCACAGAAUGUAGUAUAAUUAACGAGAAGAAGAAAGAAACCAAGUCAUGGCUGAUCGAGGUGUCUCUCCCGACUCAUCCACGCACAUCUCAGAAAAGAGCAGAAAGUCAAAGAAAAGAAAGCACAAACAAAAGUCCAAAACGAAACACAAGAAAGUAAAAUCUUCUUCCAGUGAAAGCAACCAUACUCACACUCACAAGAAAUCCAAGAAGCAUAAAAGAAGCUCUCACUCUCCAGCCAACUCAGAUGAAUCUGAUGAGGAAAUCAUCGAUAUUAAACCCUUAGCGGGGUACAUUGAUGACAAAAAGAAGUUACACAAGGAAAUAUUUUCACUUGUCAGCAAGAAAGAGGUCAAAGAUCUUCUACCUUCAUCACUCAAGAAAUUGAAAUUCAAGGAAUUUAAGAGUCUUUGCCUGGAGCAGCUUGUAGUGAUGUCCCAAAAAAGGAUACGGCAUGUAAUAGCUGGCCAGGAAAUGGUUUCUUCAUCAUCAGAUGAGAGUGAAGCUCAAGAACAUCAGCCACAAGAUGCUAACGAUGGAGAGAAUGAAAGUGUAAAAAUGGAUACAUCUGCAAACAAAACAUCAAAACAGUUGGAUGCAGCAGCAAUAGAGAAUACAGAAGAACAGCCUCCGAAAGUCAGUAUCCUUGAAGAAAUGAGCUUGUUACCCAAUCAAGAUGAGAUAGAUGAACUAAUCGAACCAGAACCUCAAACCUCUCAACAACCAGUACAGCUGGAGCUGGAGGAACAAGAUAUGGCAGGUGAAGAGAAAGGCAGUCCAACUCAAGAAGAUGACCAAUCUUUAUUGAUGGCUGAAGCUGACCUCAGGGAACUAGAAUUUAGAGCUAGAGCACUCAAGUCUCUGGUAAUUGCCAGAGAACGACAACAAAAACUUGAAAAAGAAAAACAAGACCAGGAAGCAACAUAAAAUGUUACAAAACCUGAAAUAUGUAAAAUAAUAGGUGUUUACCAACAAGAUGGUAAACUGAAACUAUUCAUAAACUAUGCUAGUCUGCCAUUAAUCUAAUCAAUAAAAUUCCCAUCCGUUCCUUUUUAUUUCAGCUUUUUGCCAAGUCUUUGUUUUCUGGCUUUAUUUUGUUGUUCUUGACAAGUAAUUCAAAGACUCAGCAAAGAGAGAAUUACAAAAGGGACUUCUAUCUCCAAGAAGGGUAGUCAAACAUCAUGAAGGUGUACCAUUUUUGAAAAAACUUGGAUUUAAAUUAUACCCUUAAAGAAAAGAAUUCCAAUAGACCAUUUUUUCAAGGUUGCGUGCGCAUCCAAAUUUAAGGUACUUGACGGGCCACGAUACCAGAA